UAUGAUAUACAUACAUAUAUACAUAUCUAAGCCUAUCUAACUAAUCUUGGAGAUUCAGCGGCUCCAACCUUCAUCCCAGCCAUUCCUGCCGCGGCGGCCACGACCUCCACAUCUGUGAGCCAUGGUUAAGCACAACAACGUUAUACCUAAUGGUCACUUCAAGAAGCACUGGCAGAACUAUGUGAAGACAUGGUUCAACCAACCGGCCAGGAAAACCAGAAGAAGAAUCGCAAGGCAGAAGAAAGCUGUGAAGAUAUUCCCCAGACCAACUGCUGGACCUCUUCGUCCAAUUGUGCACGGGCAGACUCUGAAGUACAACAUGAAGGUUAGAGCUGGACGUGGAUUCUCUCUCGAGGAGCUGAAGGCUGCAGGCAUCCCCAAGAAGCUUGCCCCAACUAUCGGCAUAUCUGUUGAUCAUCGGCGAAGGAAUAGCUCCUUGGAGGGCUUUCAGACAAAUGUGCAGAGGCUGAAGACAUACAAGGCCAAGGUUGUCGUGUUCCCAAGACGUGCUAGGAAAGCCAAGGCUGGUGAUUCUACUCCGGAGGAGUUGGCAACUGCUACACAGGUUGCCGGUGCUUACAUGCCAAUUGUGCGGGAGAAGCCAGCUGUUGAGCUUGUCAAGGUGACAGAAGAGAUGAAAUCAUUCAAGGCAUAUGAUAAGCUGCGUCUGGAGAGGACCAACGCCCGGCAUGUGGGUGUUAGGGCCAAGAGGGCUGCCGAGGCAGAGAAGGAGGAAAAGAAAUAGAGUGAAAGCAGCAAAAUCCUAGUCUUAUCAUCUAUCAUCCAUCUAUAUAUUAUACAUCUCCUCCAUCUACAUCCUAUCGCCCUCUAUAUUUUGGUUUUGUUUGUUUUUCAGGGCUCAACUUGUUGAAUUUUGUUUGGUUUAAAAUAUUUGUCAUUUUACAA